CAGGUUUAUUCUUUAGGUUAGCACUCACUUGUCACCGCCAUUUUAGCUGGUCACAAUUACUACUGCAAGCCUGCUGUAGAUAUUUAGGAAAGCCGCCUGUCGCUUUCCGCCGUAAUAUCUCGCGAAACCAAUAAUACCUGCAUUUUGGGCUGAGCUGCAUUUAUGGCUCAACGACAAAGCGGGAAGCUAUUGUUGCGACGGGCGGCUUCCCUAGCGCAGCAGCUCCUGCAGCAGCAGCAACAUGUCACCGGAUGUACGGCAGCAGCAGCGACGCAGUGCCGUACCUUUUCAUCCAAGCCCCUAUGGGCUAGCCCCUGCCCCCAUGGACCCCCGGCCUUUGCCUUUGACAUCGAUGGGGUACUCGUUCGGGGGAAGCACGUGCUGCCCUGGGCGCUGGAGGCCAUGAAGAAGUUGACCACCCCCGGCGGCCAGUGGCGCUACCCAGUGGUGUUCAUGACCAACGGCGGAGGGGUGACGGAGGGACGCAAGGCCGAGCAGCUCUCCAACUGGCUGGGGGUACCCGUAGCGCCGGAGCAGGUCAUCCUGGCACACACCCCCAUGCGAGACCUGGUUCCGGAGCUGGCUCAGCGGCCGGUGCUGGUUUCGGGGCGCGGCGACGUACUGCAGGUGGCUCGCUCGUACGGCUUCCAGCGGGUGCUGCACACGCGGGAGCUGGCGGCGGCGCUGCCGACUGCUGCACCCUUUGCAAAGUACCCGCUGCAGGCGGCAGGCACCGAGCGCGGCUCCAGCACCCCCGCAGUUGCCUCCGCGGCGCCUGACGCGUCCGACACCGCAGGCACCGCGCCGUUCGCCAGUCCCGCGCGUGCAGGCGCUGCCCCCGCUCCCGCGACCCACGGGUCAGCUGCGCACCCCUGCCCCGUGCGGGACCUGGGGCUGGCUACCGAGGCGGCGCCCAUUGACACGAUCCUUGUGAUGACGGAUCCAGAUGACUGGUACCGUGACUCUCAGCUGUUGUACGACGUGUUGACGGGGGCGGGAGUUCCCACCCGGUCCCCUGCGUCGGCGGCAGCAGCAGGUGCACCUCCCGUGAAGCUUAUCUUUUCAAACCCUGACUUGCUGUGGGCCAACGAGUUCCCCCGCAGUCGCUUCGGACAGGGCGCCUUCGCCCACAUGCUGCUUUCCAUCUACUCGCGCCUCACAGCCGGCGCGCGCCCCCACCACGUGACGUACUACGGCAAGCCCAACCCCCAGCCGUACAGGCUCGCCGAGCGGCUGCUGCUGUCUCAGGCGCAGCAGCUGGGUCUCCACCUGCCCCAGGUGGCCCCUGGGGAGCUGCCCUUCAGCGGCAUCUACGCGGUGGGGGACAACCCCGCAGCGGACGUGCGCGGAGCCAACCAAGCGGGAGGGCCCUGGGUGUCGGUGCUGGUGCGGACAGGCGUGUUCCAGGGCCCGGGUCCCAACUGCGAUGUGGACACUGCCCGAGUGGCGGUGGACGAUGUGGCGGCGGCGGUGGACGCGGCGCUGCACCACACACGCAACCUGCGCUGGCACAGCAUGAGGUAGACAGAAGGGUCGAGGAGGAGGAGGGCGAGGAGAAGGAGGAGGAGGCGCGCUGGGGCUGGGCUGUGUAGGGCUCGGUAGCUUGUGCCACCUAUGGGGGACACAGGUUUGUGGGACUGUGUGGGGCGGAGGCUGCUGCUGUUGGAAGGUGGCUGCUACGCUGUAGCUACUUGGGCUGCUGUAAUGGUGGUUGAAAGGGAGGAUGUAGGUAAGCGGUAGGGGUAGUGGGAAUGAGCAGUUGCGGUUCCUAGGGGGGGGGCUGCCAUUGUAGGAGGAAGGGGAGCGUGUGGGUGCGGUUGUGGGGGGUGCAUUCGGUUAAGACGUUUGGGGCGCUUCAGACACCCAACAGGUGAGGAGCAAUCGAUGCGAUGGAAGGUUCGGAGCGCAUCCGGCCACGGCGUGCUUAGCGUGUGAGCACAAACCACGGGUCUGGGAAUGGCAAUUCGUGGGGUACCGGUCUGCAGAGAGGCAGACAGGCAGGCGACCAGGGCUACAAGACUACGUGAGGUUAUGCUGUGCGUCGGUGGUUACCAGCGCAUUCCAGGUGCCGCACUUUGGGGGUUGCAGCAGCAACGGUGGCAGCUGUACAAGGCUGGUGUUCAUAAAAGCUAGAGCCACGCUACUGGUAGCUGCUGAGCCUGGCACCGUUGUCAGGUCUCGUCGGAGACCUUCAAGGUUCUCUUGCGUCAUCCUCCGCUACUGCCAACCAAGACACAUUGUGAGAAAGGUGUUCUCCGUUAGGCAUAUCUCCGGUGCGUAUCAACUU